AUGUACAUUGAAGUGUACCCAUGGUUACUACUAUCAGUGUCAACACAUCCUGCUAGUGACAGGCAGGAAGUUCUGUGGCUGUAUCUCAUAUUCAGCAAGUGGUUCAGAUUCAGUGGAGAGGAUUGCAAGAGACCAGCCCCUCAUUGCAAAAAUCUCAGAAUUUCUCACAACAUUCUGGAUGAGAGUGGUAGCUCCCAAGAUUUUUGGAAUGCGUAUCUCAGGGAUCUUCUGCCUUUCAUUUUACCACAACUGAAUCCAGAUGCCAUAGACGACAAGGGUGCAGUGAACAAUGAUAUAUUUCCAUCAGCUUCACCUGGUAAUAACAGUAGGCCCUUAUAUCCCUUGGGAGAACACAAGGUUGUAUAGUAAAUCCCUCUCAUGCUGACAGCCCUUAAACCUGAGAGGAAAUUUAUGCUGCAGAUGCCUUGUUAAAUGUUUCAAAUAAUCCAAUGCACUACAUGUCUUCUGUCUCCCAUUAUCAAGACCAUGGUCUCACCUUUUUCCCUUGGGGUGGAGUAACAAGUGCUGGAAUAUCACUGACCAACACGUGUCCUCUGGAUAACUGGAUCAUAAUAUUUCAGACCCUUGUUCACUCACGUAGAGUAAACUUGGUAGACCUUCUGGAGUCCGGCGAUACCAUUGCAAGGGUACUUCAGCUUGUUGUCUCAGACUACAACCUCAAGCUACAUCUGGCAUCUUGGAUUUAUGUAGGAAUGAAGGUGACUUUUUCAUUAAGCUCUUGA